AUGCUUGGCUCGAUAAAGGCCAACUCAUUCUACAUGACGCUACUUGUGUUGGGAGUGAUCACAUUAGCCAUUGUACUCUUCAUAACAUUGUGUUUCUGCUGUUCAUAUUGCUGUCGACAACCCGUCGGAAGUCGGGGUUCAUCGAAAGAUGCCUUGAAUCCAGCCGAUGAUGGCGAAUUCAGGGAAUAUCUCACCGAACCUGACAGUGGUAACGUACGAAAAGAGCGUGACUUUUCAAGGAGGCCUCGUGCCACACCCCAUAUUGUCUAA